AUGAAUGAUAUUAAAAGUAAUGGACAGUCAACGGAACUUAACAGCUUCAACUCAGAGCACUGUGAAUUGGUCAUAAAUACAUACAAACAGUUGUUGGGCAAAUUACCCGACCCACCGAAAGUACCCAUUGAUAUGCUGAUCAACCUUAUGAACAUCUAUGCGAAUCACAUCUGUGAAAGCGAAUCGACCUCAUGUAAGUGA